AUGGCAGAGCCCAACACCAAAACUCUUGAAGCGAAAUGCUAUUGUGGCUCUGUUCACUUCACGGUCGAUGUGCCAGUUUCUGAGCUUCCUCUUCUCACUCACCUCUGUCACUGCAGCCUCUGUAGAUACUCGUCAGGAGCGCCAUGCGUCUUUCACGCAACGCUUCCAGACGGCGUAAAGCCCAAAUUCGUUGAACCGUCUACUCGAAACAGCAUGGCAAGCUAUCCCCUUGGUGCCAAUUCCUGGCCAUGGAUUUUCUGCCCAACAUGCGGCUCCCACAUCGCCUCGACUGGGCCACCCGAGAAUGAGUACUGGACGGUUUCCACGUCCAUCUUUAUAGAUAGUUCAGACUCUUUUGAUACGCGCAAGCACAUAUUCAGCGAAUCGACCAAGGACGGGGGUAUCGCUGAAAUGUUGACACACAUGAAAGGAAAGGGUUUCAUUGAUUGGAAUCCUUCACGCGAUAGUCCUGAGGCCCAAAUUGUUGAAUCACAGCCCGAAGUUGGAGAAAAUGGCGAAGAGCGUCUACGUGUCGAGUGUCACUGCAAGGGCGUCUCAUUCACUAUCCCUCGUCCAAACCAGAAAGCCAGGGAAGACAAAUACUAUUCCCAAUUUGUUUCUCACAGAGACGAAAAAAAGUGGUUGGCCACUUUUGAUGCAUGCGAUGACUGUCGACUCAGCAACGGUACUCACGUAGUUGGAUGGACAUUCAUCCCUCUGUCAGUCUGUGAGCCUCGUAUCAAAGAUGAUCUUCUCAUCGGCACAGCCAAGACUUUCAAAUCAUCAGACAGCGUUGUGCGAUCUUUCUGUGGUACUUGCGGCGCCACAGUCUUCUAUUCUCACAGCGAUCGAAGGCCAUCAGAUGACCAUCAUGUCGUCGAUUUGGCCACAGGCAUCAUCAGAGCGCCUGAGGGCGUCAUGGCAGGGAACUGGCUCACUUGGCGAGCACGGAUAGCAUGGGCUGAUAGUGGGAAGAGAUUUGACAAUGACUUUAUCGCAUCGUUCCAGGAAGGUAUGAGAAAAUGGGUGUUGGAGCGGGAGGGUGAGAUCGAGGAUUAUAACAUCGGGUGA